AUGAAGGAGCACCUAGCCGAGGUGAUUGAAUUGGUGCAGCGGAGUCACGUGGCUCUCGCUGAAGGGAAGCAUCCCGAAGCCCGUGUCAUUGCCAUGAAGGCUGCCACAAAGGCGGGGAAAGUGCUCAAUGCUUUCACUGAUCCAGCUGAGUUGAGAUUAGCUAAGCCUGUGGCUGCUUUUACGCUACAGUGGACGGAUUUACUUAGGAAAGACGCCGAUAAAGCGCUAGCUCUAUCAGAUAAGCUUCUAUGGCUUUCUUGUGAGAUUCACGGCGCCAAUUGGUUUCCAGUUUUCAAAUUUGAAAAGGGCCUGUCCAUGGACUAUCAACCUGUCAAUUACGAGGAUAUCCCCAUUCAACUCCCUGACACAGGCCUAGAGCAGGUGCCAGAGUUUAGGCUUGUCGAUAGUGAUCCGGGUCUCGAAGGGUUUGACGAUUUGUGCCAGGACUUGCUUCCGAACUGUUCGUUUGUUCUGUCACUUCUAUCGAUCUACGAUCUCAACCUUGGCGACAAACUCGAAAAGCUCGUGAGGUAUGAUGAUGAAGAGGAAGCCGUGAAGGUGAAGCUCCACAUCAAUGGCUGCGAGCGGGAAAUCAACAUCUCAGCCGACUUGCCCUUCUUGGAUUAUCCCCAUAAUGAACGUCAUUUGUUUGUGCUCUCCACUACCAAUGUCGCCCUUAUGUGGCCAGCAUACCUAGAAAAAGCAUACCUCAUUGCCCUGGGUGACCACUACAACUUCCUGGGCUCCAAUAUGGCCCAGGAUACAUAUAUGCUUCUCGGCUGGGCACCAGAAGUACGCAAAAUCAGCAAAAUGAGCAUGGAGUCCUUUGCAGAGUUAUGGGAUCUAAGGAAAAAAGGCCUCUUGGCUCUAGGCUUGGGAACGGGCCAAAUGCUGGACUCAUUGGCCUCGCAAUUGAAGGUUGUGUCUGGACAUGACUAUGUGGUGAGUGGAUAUAGCGAAAAGGGCUUGACGCUCAAGAAUCCAUGGUCCAGUGGCCAAGAAGGGCGGUUUCUAAACGUGGACGCGUCUGUUUUCGGUCAAUUCUCCUACGUCUACUUGAACUGGAACAUGGAUGCCUUAUACAAGCACAGUUUUUCCACCGCCGUGAUCAGUCCACCACCCAAAUCGAAGGCUCUUCUUCUUGACAGGCCCCAGUUUGUGUUGGAAAAUAGCAGCAACGAGACUCAAACUGUGGGCAUCACAGUGGAACACUUUGUCUUGAAAAACGAGCCAGUGUCUCCCUACUCUGUGAGCGUCUACGAAAACACCCGAGGCAAGGUAGUUUACCCUUCACAGUACGUUCGUGCCGCUGGCGGCAAAAUGACUACUAUGAGAGUCUACUUCUUGAAGUUUGAGAUUGCAGCCAACUCAAAGAACACUUUGGUUAUUGCAGGUCCCCAAGGCAGGGUGAUUUUCCUGUUGAAGCUCUGGAGCCAUUCACCUGAUGUGAAAAUGUACCGAGCCAAACCCACCUAUGAUAAUGUAACUGAGAUUGAGGAUGCAUGGACCAAAGACAAUAAUGGCGGUAAUUGGGCACUCGAACUGUAUAUCGACAAUCCACAGUGGGAAUUGGAGAUCAAGCGCCGCAUGCCGAAGUUGUUUAUUGCCGUGUCGUGCAAAGAGGAGUCAGAUGUCAAUUUCCAUUUGCUUCAUACCGAAAAAUCCCAGAAUUUGACCAAGCUCCGAAACUUUGACAAGUCAAAGAUUCUCUUUUGCGACAAUUAUUCACCUGGCAUUCACCAUCAUGAAUUGCACGAUGUGGAGCCUGGAAACUUGCGUUUGGUUGUGUCCAACUACAACUCUGACUAUAUCGGAAAGUUUCAUCUUCUUUUGAUGUACGACGGCAGCAAGGGAGACCUCAUUAUUGAGAAGGUGCCCAAGGCUUUGGGUCUCUAUAAUGAUACCGUGGAGUUUUCAUGGAACCUUCGCAACCGCUACAAAUUUACCGUCAGAACUGAAGUUACGAACACAUCGGUCAUCUUCAAAUUACAGGCGGGCACCAAACUACAAACAUUAUCGCUGUAUAGGCCCGCGGUUCGUGCGUCCCUUUUUGAUGCUGUGACGCAGCAGCCGGUAGUUGUGAAUGACAAAUGGAACGACAGUGUCUACGGUGUAUUUGUGGAUUGCGUUUUGAAGAAGCCUAACCAUGAUUACAUAUUACUUGUUGAGAGGUUCGAGACGGGAGAGGGAAUUUGCAGGGUCACCCUGGGCUCCUCCAGCAGGCUCUCUGUCAAAGGCGAGGACGAAAAAUAA